AUGAGGUUCUUUGCAAGGUGUGCAGCUGACUGCAUGUGGGAGAUCCCUUUGGAAUCGGCAGUGGUCCUCCUGAAGGGACUGGCCGCAUCAGGGGUGCGAGAUGCCGCCCUCUGCCGCCGUGUCUCCCAGAAGCUCCAAGCCCGCUUGCGUCACGGCUCGAGCCUGCGCGCGGGUUUGCUGGGCCGUGCUGCGACGGCCAUGGCGGAUCAAGACUUUCGAGACCUCGAGCUCUUUCGCUGCCUGGUGGAUGCUGCUGCACGUGGGCUUGAAGGCCAAGAGGAAGAGCUGCGAGCAGAAGCCGAGACCUCGGCGCGGGCCGUGCUCCAAGGCGUGGCCUGGCUGCGUCUAGAACUGCCCGAGGCCCAAGCACUGGACAAGACCCUUGGCGAGGUCACGAAGAAGACGCUCUGGGUGCCGCCUUUCGGUGCCGUGGCCUUGAUCUUCGCCGCCGAGUCGAUUCUGGCGGCCAAGGAAGGUACCUUGUGGUGCCGCAAGAACAUCAUAGAUAGGUUGCGCGAGGCCUGUGCCGGUGUCAUGUCGGCCUGUGUCUGCACAGUCCUUGCUGCCCAACUGUUCGGUGACAACCCGACGGCGUUGCGCACAGUCGUCAUGUUCUGGGCCGGCUUCUCGAUGAUCUUGAACCCGAAAGCCGGCUUCUUUCCGCCGGCUGGGGCCCUUUGUGCCUUGUACGUGGAGAAGGCCCUCACAAACGGGGCACUGCCUGGUUUUGAAUAUGCUCUGUUUCCGUGCUCUACCGGUGUCGCACUUCUGCUUUUUCUGACACGGACGACCACCUUCCUGAUCUCGCGCCCAAUCUGGGCACUGCGUGCGUCAAGGCGCAACCAAGCCCAGGAGCACAAAACUGUGCCGGGACCUUGGCGCGAAAACAUCAUCGCGCAUCUAACUUCGGAAGUGCCUUCGCAGAGCUCAAGCACUUCAGUGCCUUGUUGCGAUGGCUCGAGUCCCGGGGAUUUUUGGCCGGGCUUCGGAGAUGAAGGGUCGGCGGAAGCCAUGAUCCCCGCCCGCAGCUCACUGCGGCACGGGGACGGCGCAGACUUGAAGAAUGGGCUCAGGAAGACUGCGGUUGGGCUUGACUUGGGGCGGCGGCUGCUCGUGGUCCUCAAGAGCACGUCCAAGCCCUCGGAGAAGGCCCAGGCCAUCCGGGUCGUGGACCACGGAGAGCAGCAGAAGGAGGCGCUUCGACGACUCUACGAUGCCCAGGUGCUCUUGCAGUCCUACGAGGAUCAGUUGCAUGCCAAAGAUGAGCAGCUCUACAAGAUCCAGGUCUGCGUGAAGAAGGCGAUCCGCGAGUCGAGCGCCGACUACCUGCGGGAGCCGGACUUGAUCGAGUCCUUGGGUUUCAGCGAGGAGGAGCUCCAUGCCGAGGGCAUCGCCACAGAGCAGAAGCCCACGGGGAAGAUGGCCCGCUUCGAGGCCAUGCUCGACCAAAGCUUCGAGAACCAGAAGUGGGAGGAGAAGCAGGACAGGGAGAGGAGGGCCAAGGACCGCCAGGCGGAUGGUAGCAGCCUCCCUGUGCUCGACCCACAAAGUGACAUGCAGUGGUUCAAGGUGCCUUACUGGAUCAAGGCUGAUGAGGAGACAAGGGAAAUGGUCCAGAAGAUCAAGCAGCAUUUCAUGGACGAGAUGAACGCCAAGGGCCACUUCGAUCACAACGCGUUUCUUGAGCACCUUUGGCAGUGUGGCUUCCAAGUUGCCCAACAUUGGGCGGGAUCGCCGAACGAGGAGCUGGUGAAACAAGUGGAGGCCGCCGAGAAAAAAGCCCGGAGCGUACAGCGUGAAGCACUGCAGGAAACCUCCAUGCUUCGUCAGCACAUCAAGCGCGUGGAGCGCAAGUACAAGGAGCUCCAGAGCAACGCUGCCAAAAUGCAGAAGGCCAUGUCCACCAUGGCCUCGCAGCUCAAAGAGGCUCGCGACACUGCGGCAAUGUUCGGGGUGGAGCUGCCGUCCUCCCCCAGCGAUACGUCCAACCGCCGGCCGUCCGAGGUGACUUCAGCCUGGGCUCAAAGGGUUGUAGAAAUGGCCGUGGCUGCCAAUGGGCUGCGGCUGCUGCAGGCUGUAAGCCUCAAGCAAAGAGACAUCCCGGAAGGUUUCGAGUGGUGGUACAGCGACACAGUCUCAUAUCGAGGCCCGAGGCGAAACCUGCCUCCGGAGCCUUCGCCCGGCCAAGAAGGCUCUGAGUGGCAGUGCCACGACCCAGCCUAUGCAGGUCUAACGCGACAGGUGACUCCCGAUCCCGAGCCUUCGCAGCCCAGGCGGUCUCGAGCCUCCGUCAGGGACAGGGACCCGCCAUCCGACAGCGAUGAUGAUCCACCCCAGAACAUCAUCGACCAGCCGCCGGAGUACCCCCGGGGACGGUCGCCGCGGUCUCAGGCAUCACCUCAGAGCAAGGAGUCCUUCCUUCACGGCACCGGCGCUGGUGCCAGCUACGCGCCUCUGCUUCCCGAGGACUUGGGGAUGCCUCCCGGAGGAUGCCGCUCUCAGGAAGAGGCCGAGAGGGAGAGGGCCGAGAGGUACAAGGACCUCGACAUCGACGAGCUGGAAUUGCUGCGCGGCAACUUGCAGGCAAACGUCUCCGAGGACCUCCUGGUGCGCUUCCUCCGUGGCUGUGCCGAGGAGUUACCGGCAGCGCAGGGGCAACUGGCUCCCGUGCAGCCCGGAGAAGCUCCAGGAGAGGCGAAGAGCACGCCGGGUCUGCCAGCGACGUCGCUGCCGUGUCUGGGGCCAGGCCUUCCGAAAUCCGGACUUCCGGAGGAGUCCUACAGAGGCCAGGAUCCUUACGCGACAUGGCAGUACCCGCGCUGCUCGUAUAUGCCCUCUACGCUUUGGGCCGGCACCGUCACGGCUUAUCGUCGACCGGAGGAAGCGACAGAACCGGAAUUUGCGCAGGGGGCGGUGCCGGUUCCCGAAGAAGCUGAAGCAAAGCAGCAGCCGGAACUCCCGCCGUCUCCUGCAUCUCCUUCGGCAUCACUGGAGCGGGUGCACAGCGACAUGACGGCCUUAACAGAGGCGCUGCAAGCCCGGCAGCGCAGGUGCCAGUUCACGUCGUCGCGAUCAGCAGCUGUGUCCCUGAAGUUCACAGAGUUCACGGCACCUACGACGGCGGCGUGGGUGCAAAAGCCGUGGUCGAAGGCACCAUCGCCAUCGCCGAAUCGCCUCCAGAUCACGGUCUCUCAUGCCAUCGGCAACACGACAGAGGCCUUUCUGAGCUGCGAGGUGGCAGGGCAGCGGCGCCAGGUAUCGUUGGAUCAGUUGUUGGAGGUCGGGCCGGCCCAGGCGGCCCAGGCUCUCCGCUUGCCGGCCGUGACCACCUCGAUGGAGCUGACGCUCCUCUCGCGUCUGGGCCAUGCGGCGCUGGUCCUGCAUCCGGGUGUGGCGGGCUACUCCCUGGAGCUGGAGACUCCGUCCCCAUCGAAGCGCCGACGCCUCGACUUGCAGGUUACCCCGGUGUCCGGUCUAUACGACCCCGCCGGAGUCGUGGAGCAGCACAAGAGGUAUCUGGAAAAGUUGAUUCAGGCGGCGCUGUCGGCGAGGCCAGCAGAGCCUUUCGAGUUCAUGGCAAGGCAGGUUCGGAACCUGCGGCUCCAGGACCGCGCCCAGGGUGGGUGUGUCGGUCCCUGCGACCUCCGUGUUCUCGGAGCAGAGGGGUUGCCUCCAGAAACUCUGCUCACGGUCCGCUGUGGGCACGGUGAAAGUCGGCAGGCGCAGCUGUCCCAUCUCCUGGAUGGGCGGAAGAGGCUGAAGAUACCCGACGGCCCACUUCUUCAGGUGACUUUUCUCCUUCCCGAGUCGGCCGCCCACCUGCCCACGAGUUUGGGACUGCAGGAGGUCCACUUCCCCAGGCAAGGGGAGAUUCUGGGGCUGCGAGUGAGAGUUGCAGCGGCAGAGGGCGCGAGCCCGCAACUGUCGAGCCGAAUGCAGUCGGCUUCGGCCGAGCAGUAUUUGUGCCAACACAGGCUCCUGCCUUUUGCCCAGGGCCUCUUGCAGCACUUGGUGAAGGCGCCUGGCUCCUUCCUCGUCGAUCUCGAGGCCCGGCUCCGUGCCAAAGCGCGAGGGAGCCAGGAGGUUUUGAUGGGCUUUGGGCAGCAAGGAAGGCCGGCGCCAGCCGGACAGCUGGCGGUGCCGGGAGCGGCGGCCAAAUCCGAGCGGCGGAUGUCGGUGGCCGAUGGAGGGCUCCAAGUCGGCGGGCUGCCAGACGUCCCGGAGCACCAUGGCCAAGGCCCAGGCCCAGGCGUCGUGUCUCCGCUUCAUGCAGACGACACACUCGAGAUCAUGGCGGACCAGAUGCAGCUAGACGAGAUGGACAACGAGAUCUUCGAGCCGUUGAACCAGUUCGACGAUGACCUGAAGGACCUAAUGAUCGAUUGCAUCACGGAGAAGGUCCGCCGGAUCCUCUCCUUGGACCCAUCCAAGUACAAGAACGGCCGGCUGCCCUUCGGCUUGAAGCCUCACAAGGGCAUCGCCUUCGCCGACGACGAGACGGAUCUGGAGGCGGAGUUGGAGCGGAUGCGGGAGCUCUAUGAGCGGCUCAAGGAGGAGAACGAGCAGCUGCUGCGCCAACUCGAGGCGGCACGGGCAGCGGCCGAGCGCUGGAAGCAGAAGUAUCUGGAGCUCCAGAACAAGCCUGCAGAGGUUCAGGAGGAGAAGGUGGUGGUGUCGAGACCGGCAUCCGUGAAGACGACUCCAGAGACGCCAAAAGAGAGAGAAGCAACACCGCCUCCAGUAAUCAAGGGGCUCUCCGACGAGGAGGUCAAGAGGUUGCUAGAGGAGCAGGAGAAGGCCUACAAAGCCAAGAUCGCUGCGCUGGAGAAGCGGAUCAAGCAGCUGGAAGACGAGCUGGCGAAGCUCAAGGCAGAGAAGGACAAAGCGGAUGCGAAAGCCAAAGAAGCAGCCGAGACUGCCCAGAAGGAACGGGAGCGCCGAGAGACACUGCAGAAGGAGCAGGAGCAGGCUUCGCCGGAGCCACCGGCUGGGUCGGAUGAUACUAGUAGAACAACAGAGUGUCGCCGUGAAGCUGCUCGAAAUCGAGGCAGAGGUCUAGCGAUGCUCUUUCUGCCGCCUGAGCUCACUGCCUAUGAUGCUGGCUGUGCACCUAUGAAGCGGCCUGCCGCCUUGGACCUCUUCCUCGUCGCUGUCGUCUCUUUCGGCGUGUCUGCGCUGUGCGCAGCCGCGACCGACCUGAUCCCGUGGAAGUUGCGGGAGCUGCCGAUGGCUAUGAGGUGGAGGGCUCGUGCCACAGUGGCCUCACUGCACCAGCCGGUGGCCGUGCUCUUCCUGCUGCCACCGAGCGAGGCGUUGGAGAUCUUUCUCUUCACUGGUGGCAACCAGUGGACCAUCAGUGCACCACGCAACUUGUGGCUCACACUGUUCUACCUCCUCGGAGCCUGGUUCUUCGAGCUCUUGAUUCUGCUGCACCCGAGCACGGGGGCCAUGAAGUCCUAUGGCCGGCGUGGUUGGUCUGUGCAGGCGGCCCAUCAUUUGGGCUUCCCUGCCUUUGCGUUGCACAACAUCAUCAGUGGCUGUGCCGUCCCAGGUACGGCCGUGGCCUGCUACACCGAGCUGACCGUCUUCUUUACCAGCUCCUUUUGGAUCGCCAAGAUGGUCGGUGCUGGUGACAUCGUCCUCGUGCCCAUCAAAGUGGGCAUGGUCAUCUUCACCUUCGUCCUCCGUGGCGGCUGUGUGCUGCUGCUGGAUUUGCGGGCCAUCCUCAACGAUCAGUCCGAGCUGCCGGUGGCCAGCUGGCUGACCCAGUGCCUGGCGCUGGUGGGCAUGAACGUCCUGAAUCUACUCAUCCUCCGCUUGGUCUCUGGUGCAGUGAUGCGCGGAUCCAAGGUGGAUUCGGGCUGGACGUCGGUGAUGGAGCGUGCUCUGAAGCUGGCCAUGCAUCACCUGGGCCCCACUGUGUCUGAGCGGAUCCUGCUCGAGAUGCAGAGCGCACAUGAGGAUUCUUCCCAUCCUUCCAGCUUGGAACGACUUUUCCAGCUGUUUCGGCAGCCACCCUUCCUCGAGGAGAAGGCGGCUGUGUCUGCGCCUGUCCCCAAUGGCCCUGGCUCUGCGCCGGGAGGAGGUCAGGUCGAGGCCCAGCCAUCCUCGAGCAUCGACAGGGAGAAGCUGCGUGAGAUGAUGAUCAGACUGGCGGCUGAAGCUGCCGGCUUCCCCGUGGAGGCCGAGAAGCCUCUGCUGGAUUCCGGGAUGGACUCCAAGGCCGCUGUGCAGUUCUCCACGAAGCUCGCGAGGGAGCUCCCGGACCUGCGCCUGCCCAGCACUCUCGUCUUCGACUACCCCACGCUCUCAGCUGUGGCAGCUUACGCUGAAGAAGCGCAACGUCCGAGAGAGCGAAAGCACAGGGAGAUCACAAAGCAACCUGUGGCGUCGAGCGAUCCACUUUCCGUCAUUGGUGGGGCAUGUGCUUUUCCAGGCGACGCUUGCAGCCCCGGGAAGUUCGGUGCGCUGUUGGCAUCCGGCACUGACGGCAUAGUCGAGGUGCCCUUCACGCGCUGGGAGCUGUGCGAGUACUACGAUCCCAAUCCUGAUGCGCCGGGAAAGAUGUAUCCGUGCCAUGCGGCUUUCAUCGAGGGUGCCGAAGAUUUUGCUGCAUCCUAUUUCAACAUCUCCGCACCGGAGGCACGGGCCAUGGAUCCGCAGCAGCGCCUGGUGCUGGAGGUCUGCCACGACUCGCUCCUGGAUAGCACCUUCUCACGGGAGGCACUGCUCGGUACUUCGACUGCUGCCAUUGUUGGCGUGUCCAACAACGACUGGAUUCAAGUCCAGUCCGGCGACAUACGCAAGCUCAACCCUUACACGGCGACCGGCACCUCCGCAUCCGUUGCCGCUGCUCGUGUGGCUUUCUGCCUUGGCCUGAAGGGCCCAGCCUACGUGGUGGACACGGCCUGCUCCUCCGCGCUGGUGGCCGUGGACGCUGCGGCCAUGAACCUCCGGCGAGGGCGCUGCAGUGCGGCUGUCUCUGCAGCAGCAAAUGUGAUCGCCAGCCCGGCGACCUUCAUCAGCUUCAGCAAACCUCGGAUGUUGUCACCGCGAGGACGGUCACAUGCAUUUGAUGCCUCUGCUGAUGGCUACGGUCGCGGAGAGGGCGCAGGUGCGGUGGCGCUGUGUCCGCUCAAGGCGCACAGCGGCAGCGCUCGUGCAGCUCUACGAGGAACCGCGGUGAACCAGGAUGGCAGAAGCUCGACCAUGACGGCGCCCAACGGGCCCUCACAGACCAUGGUCGUGGCCACGGCAUUGGCGGAGGCGAUGCUGCAGCACCACCAGGUGCAUCACUUCGAAGCCCACGGCACGGGAACGCCCUUGGGCGACCCGAUCGAGGUGGGAGCCCUUCAGGCCGGCAGCCUCGAGGAGGGAAAAAGGCAGCAGCCCGUGCCCGUGGCCGCGGUGAAGACCAACGUCGGCCACCUCGAGGGAGCUGCUGCCUCUCCCGGGCUGCUGAAGACCGUGGCCCUCCUGAGCCGUCGGACCGCAUUGUCUCUGGUGCACCUGCACUCGCUGAAUCCGCACCUCACCUUGCUGGAGGACGUGCCGCAGGUCUUCCCCUCAGAGCACUUCCCCCUGCCUGCGCGGAAGCCGAGAGCUGGUGGCCUGUCCUCCUUCGGCUUUGGAGGCACAAACGCGCACGCCAUCCUGGGUGAAUCUGAGGUUGUGGUCGAUGUUGUGAUGACACGACCAGCAGAGUAUGUGAAGAGGUCCUUCCCCUGGAGGGACCCUGGCUACCGGCUCUUGCAUCGCCAGGACGGGGAUAACUUUGAAGUGACGAUGUCUUCGGAUGUCUACGACACCGUGUCGCAUCAUGUUGUCUUCGGGUCCAUCGUGACACCUGGCGUCGUCUAUGUGGAAAUGGCAUUAGAAGCUACCCGGAAGCUUUUUGGCCACAAGGCUCAACUCCGCGACGUGACGAUGGUCUUCCCAUUCGUGGUCCCGAAGCGCUUCGAAUCUGAUGAACCUGAGCCAAGCAUGAGGUUUGUGUUGAAGAACAACACGCGCUUUGAGAUUCAGAGCACGAACGGGAGUGGCAAGACGACGGUCCACGUCGAGGCCUCUUUGGACCACUCAGGCGGCGUGUUCAAAGACUCGGCCGUGGACUUGGCCUCGCUGCGCAGCCGCAUCACCGAGCCCGUGGAGACCAAGGUCGUCUACGAAGCCAUUCACUCCGUGGGCCUCUACCUCGGCCCAAUGUUCCAAGUGGCAAAAGAGCUCUGGAGAGAUACAGAGACCGGGUCAGAGGUCUUAGGACAUCUGCGGUUGGACCCGCAUGUCAAGAACGUGGGCUACAUCAUGCACCCUGCCUUGCUUGAUGGAACGAUCCAUAUCUUGGCAACUGCAUCUAUCGGCAAGAAUGUCAGUGGCUUGAAGAUCUUCGGGGGCGUGGGCAAGGUGUCCGUGGUGCGCCAGGAAAACUUCUCGAAGCUGUCCAGCUACUGGGUACACCUGCAAGUCACGGAGUCCUUGGAAGCCUCCCAGACCUUCAACGUCUCUGUGCUUGCAGAGGACGGCGGACUUCUGAUGUCGAUGGAGGAUGUGGUCUUCCGGGCGGUGAAGCCAGAGCAGAUUCAGAUGGCCAUUGCGGCACAAGGAGGGAAGGAAGAGCAGAAAAUCUACGAUGUGGAAUGGUCCGAAUGGUCAGAAUCAGGACAGGGCCCCUCAAGCGUGCAAGAGACCCGCAGCUCGCUUUUGGCAGUUGCAGAUACUCCGGAUCUGCAUGAUGCGCUCUGCAAUUUGAGAGCCGAGCCAGAGACCCUGUCCUUGGAGGCUCUGCAUCAGAGUGACCUAGCCGUUCUCUUGCCCAAGUUCUCGCGAAUCUUGCUUGCCUUUGCCAGCGCCCAGCGGAUCUCGGUGCUCGAGGCCCUCAUGGCAGUCUUGGCAGUGCUGCAGGCCUUGGCCAAGAGUAAAGGCAGUCUGCCGGAGCUCUGGAUCUCGACUUUCUGUUGCCAGUGGGCCAAAGCUGGCGAUUUUCAAGGCCAGCCACUGCCUCUACACUCAGCGAUCUGGGGCUUGGCCCGUGCAGCCAGGAACGAGCUCCCGAACUUGCGCCUCUUCUGCGCGGACGCCCCAGGCGCCUCUUCGCUGCCAUCGCUCCUGGGCGCCUUGGAAGCGCAGUUUGGAUCCGAGGGGGAGCCCGCGGAGCACGAGAGAGCCCUCAGAGGGCCGCAGCCGGUGGUCUACGUACCGCGCUUGCAAGAGGCAAGCCUCACCAGCAGCGCGUCCGACUGGGCAGGGCGUCAAGGACUUACCUUGAUCACAGGAGGCUUAGGAGCUCUUGGCCUCUGCUUUGCCCAGUGGCUGCUGGAAAAUAAGGGUGCGGUGGCACUCGUGUCCCGCACCGGUCGUGCGGCUGCCGACUGUCAAGUCGCCUUCCGACGCGUGGCUUCCAAAGUGACCGUGCACCGGGCGGACUUGGCUAAGGCAGACGACACGAAGAAACUCUUUCAGCAGCCGCUCUUCAAGGAUCUCCGCGGCAUCAUCCAUGCUGCAGGGCUCCUUGAGGACCACAUGAUCGUCGAUCUGACCCGAGAGCACUUCGAGCGACCCCUUGCUGCUAAGAUUGAUGGGACCUUGAAUCUCAACGAGGGGCUCUCUGAUCAGAAACUUGACCUGGAGUUCUUUGCUCUUUUCUCUUCCGUCGCGGCACUUCUGGGCACACCUGCCCAGGGCAACUAUUGCGCGGGGAAUGCUUUUUUGGAUUCCUUUGCCGCGCACUGCCGCGACAACGGCCGAAAAGCUGUAAGCAUCCAGUGGGGUCCCUGGGCGGAAGUGGGCAUGGCGGCGCGCGCCAGCACCUCCGAAUCCAGCAUCGCUCGUCUCAGUCCUGCGAAAGGGAUAGAGGCCAUGCACGCUGUCCUAGCGGCUCAAAGCAGCCUGCGGAACGGCGUCGUGGCCGUGGCCCGCUUUAAGUGGACCACACUCCUGGGCCAGCUGCCGCGCGUGCCGGCCUUCCUUAGUAAGUUCAGCGUAACGAGCAGCAAGGGCAGCAAAGGGAUGAGCAACUACACCGUAGAGGACGUGCGGUCCUUGGUGGUGGACUCACUGACGGAUGCCUUGGGCACGGAAGACUUUGACAUCAACACCCCGUUGAUGGAGCUGGGACUGGACUCCCUGGCUGGGGUUGAGUUCCGGAAUCGCUUGCAGGCCUCGGUUGAUGGCAUCAACCUGACACCGACGCUGAUGUUUGACUACCCAACAGUUCCAGACUUGGUGGAGUACAUCUGGUCCCAGGUGGGGCCAGCGGAGGAAGAGGAGCUCCACGCAGUGCAGGCCGGGGCCUCCCUCGGCAGCCAACUCACCGUGGCCGGGCACAGCGGCCGCUUUCCUGGCAGCCUCUCCAACCAUCCAGGUGACUUCUGGAGAACUCUUGCUUCUGGACUUGAUACCACUGCCGACUUGCCACCUGAACGCUGGGACAUGGAUGCGUUCUUCGACCCAGACCCGGACACACCGGGCAAGACCUACGUCAGGCUCGGGCACUUCAUUUUGGGCAUCGAUCAGUUCGACGGCGAAUUCUUUGGGCUAAGCGAGAUGGAGCAGCGUGGCAUGGACCCGCACCAGUGGCUGACCCUCGAGAUAACCUACGACAGCAUGUUUGCUGCAGGUUUGACGAAAGAGACGAUGAAUGGACUGGAGUGCGGCAUCUAUGUGGGCUGUGCAACGCUCGGUGGAAUCGCACCUGAUAUCCCUGCUUUUGGACCCUUCACGAACAUCGGCUAUGCUUACUCGGGGCUCUCCGGACGCGUGUCCCACACGCUGUCUCUCCGUGGGCCUUGCUUCACCGUCGACACGGCCUGCUCUGCAACGGUGGUGGCGCUGGACUGCGCCAGCCAAGCACUGCGACUGGGACGUUGCCGCUCUGCAGCGGCCAGCGGCGUGAACCUGCAGCUCUCGGCCGCCAUCUGGGUCGGCUUCGCCAAGAUGCGGGGCCUCGCUGCGGAUGGCAACUGCAAGACCUUCGACACCUCUGCCGAUGGCUUUGCGCGCGGAGAGGGCAUGGGCUCCGUCUACAUCAUGGCAGAUGCGAACGCAACUCCGGCCGCACUGCUGGGCGGCGUCGCCACGAACCAUGAUGGUCGUGCAGCCACCAUCACGGCUCCCAACGGCACAGCCCAGCAGCGCGUGAUCCGGGCGGCCUUGUCAGAGCGAGGCACGCGGCCGGAGGCUCUCGCCUGCCUGGAAUGUCACGGCACGGGCACUGCACUGGGGGAUCCCAUCGAGGUUGGAGCUCAGAAGGCUGUCUACGGCAAAGGCCGUGAGGCUCCAAUGAUACUGGCGGCGGGAAAGACGAACCUAGGACACCUGGAAGGAGCCGCGGGCGUGGCUGGUCUCAGCAAGGCUGUCCUGCUGCUGCAGAAGGCCCAGGUGACGCCCCUCUUGUGGCUCAAGCAGCUGAACCACAACGUGGAGCUCUCCAGCUUUGGCUUCGCUCCGACGGAGCUCCUUGAUGCGACGAGGGCGGAGUGCCGGGCGGCCGUGUCGUCGUUCGGCUUUUCCGGCACGAACGGCCAUGCCAUCUUGGAGGUCUCUCGCAGCGAGGCCCCGGCAGACCGCCCGCGGCGCCCGGCGGCCUGCUACUCUCGCCGACACCUGCAGCCCUACCGGCAAUGGCUCAAGGACAUCUGUUACGAAGAAGUUUGGAUCAGCGUCGAAGCGAAAGGCGAACUCCAGCCGCAGCCUUUGCAGCCCUUCGUCCUGGUGGGCAGCGGCGCUGUCUGCGGCGCGAUGGCCGCCAGCAGCGCCUGUGCCGCCAACCUCGAGCCAGGAGGUCGGGAGAAAAUCGCAGAGGCCUUGGCCCAGACUGGAGCCAAAACGGCCGUUUUCGUCGGCAGCUCCGGCGAAGCGCCCGAUGAGCCUUUGGCUCAUCUGCUCAGAUUCCUCCAGGCGCUUCAGCUCGCCGCCGUGGACACAGCCGUCGUCGUGACCGUGUCCCAGGGAGCUUCGAUGGACUCUGGUGCCGCUCUCUGGGGUUUGGCUCGCUCUGCACGGCUGGAGAUGCGGCCAGAGAUCCGGCUCUUAGAGUGCCUUGAGAAAGCUGCCAGCGCGGUCUUGCCCGCGGUGCAACGUCUUCUCUCCGGGCCGGAGAUGGAAAUCUCCCUGAGAGAUGCAACGGAGGCCCUCCAGGCCCUCCAGGCCCCACGGCUCCAGCGCUGCGCGGCAGCGGCCUCCAGCGUGCAAAGUCGGGACAUCUUGCGGGGCCAGAUCGGUGCUUCGCUGGUCACCGGUGGCCUGGGAGGCUUGGGCCUUCUCGCAGCGCAGCAGUUGGCAGAUCUGGGGGCGAGCACGCUGGUUCUGGCCUCGCGGAGUGGUCGCGCGGCGAACUCGGCAGCGCUGGCACGGUUGGAGUUGGCCAAGGCAGUCGUGGAGGUUCGGAAAUGCGAUGUUAGCCGUGCUGAAGAUGUCGCAGCACUGACACAAUCGUUGCAGCAUCUCGACAAGCUCCACGCCAUCGUGCAUGCAGCAGGGGUGCUGGACCGCUAUGCGCUGAAGGACCUCACUUCGUCCAGGCUGGAUGUGACCUUGGGCCCCAAAGCCAAGGGCGCCUGGCACUUGCAGACCUUGAGUGAGCGGCUCGUGAUGUUCUCCUCGGUCUCUUCCUUCCUGGGUCUUUCCAGUGGUGCCGCCUAUGCUGCGGCGAAUGCCUACUUGGAUGCCCUCGCCUCCUGGCGCAACACGCAGUCGCAGGGGACUGCCGUGAGCAUCCGCUUCGGCCCGGUGGCCGAUGUUGGCAUGGCCGCGGAGAGCGGCCAAGCCCCCGACGGCACUCAUCCCCUUCAACCACUGCCGCUGGCGCAGGUUACCAGCGGCCUGCGGCUCUUGCUGGCACCGCAGCCGCUGAGCUGGACGCCCCUGACGCUGACGCUGGCGAGGGCGGACUGGGCCGCGUACUUCCGGCAGUCCACUGGCCUCGCCCCGAUGCUCCAGGACUUCCAGCUUCAGGUGGCCUCAGAGACGGAGCCAGAUGCAGAGCGGCUGCGGCUGCGAGAGAUGUCGGCAUCGGAGCGGGAGAAGGCAGUGCUGGCUUCCCUACACGAGGCUGCCUCCUCGAUGCAUCUGGACAUCCAAGAGGACACCCCGCUGAUGGAGGCAGGCAUUGACUCCCUCUCUGCAGUGGAAUUCCGUGGGAAGAUCUCCACUGAGUUCCGGUCCGUUCGCCUGCCCAGCACGCUCAUGUUCGACCAUCCCACUCUCAAGGCCAUUUCGCAGCACAUUUCGGGACAGCUGGCAGAGGGCGCCAAGCCUGUUGCCUUGUCUCCUACCUCGCUGACGGUUGCUUCGCCUUCCACUACGACAGCAAUGGACCUGGAAGUCAGCGGGGCCGCAUGCACACUGCCUGCACCUGGAACUCCAUACGGUGGUGUAGCUUGCAGCCUCUGGUAUGGAACGGACUGCGUGACAGAGAUGCCGUACUCCCGCUGGGACGUGGAGGAUUACUAUGAUCCCGAGGCUCCAUCUGGCUUGGAGAUGUAUGUGCGCCACGCAGCCUUCGUCGAAGGGGUGGAUCUCUUUGGUGCGCAGUUCUUUGGGAUCAGCAAAGUGGAAGCAGAAGCGAUGGACCCGCAGCAACGCCAUCUGCUGGAAACCGCCUUUGGAGCCUUUGGUGACUCUGGUUGCUCCAAGGCUCGUCUGAUGGGCUUGAGAGCUGGCGUCUUCGUCGGUCAGGACAAGAGCGACUGGAAUCGAAUGUUGUCAGCAGCUCAUGCAGGUCCUUUCGCUGCCACCGGUGGCUCUGCUUCUAUCUCCUCCAAUCGUAUCUCCUACAGCCUAGGCUUGAAGGGGCCGAGCGCCACCGUCGACACUGCAUGCUCCUCAUCUCUGGUGGCUGCCGACACUGCCGCAGCAACAAUCAGAAGAGGUCGUUGCGAGGUGGCCGCGGUCUGUGGUGUCAACAUGCUGCUCCUACCGCAAACUUUCAUCGCCUGCUGCCAAGCGCGCAUGCUGUCUGCCGACGGUCGGUGCCACACCUUUGACUCGUCCGCCAGUGGCUAUGCACGUGGUGAGGGCUGCGGGGCACAAAUUCUGGGGCCGUCAUCGGCAGCCUCUGCAGAUUCACUGUCAGUGGCUGCUUUUGCCGGGAGUGCCCUGAAUCAAGACGGCCGCAGUGCCAAUCUCACAUCACCCAAUGGCCCAUCGCAGACGUCAGUCAUCGAGGUGGCACUCCUGGAAGCAGGCCUUAGGCCGGAAGAUGUGGGACAGGUGGAGACCCACGGCACGGGCACGGAGUUGGGUGACCCCAUCGAGACCGGGGCCUUGCGAGCUGCCUUGGGCUCUCGCAGUUUCCCUCUGCUUCUGGGCGCCGUGAAGUCCAACCUUGGCCACCUGGAGGGGGGCGCCGGCAUGGCGGGGCUCCUGAAGCUGGCCUCACAGCUUCAGCGUCCUGUUCCGGCCGUCGCUGCCAAUCUCCACCUUCGCGCGCUAAACCCACACAUUGCUGAGGACGCGCACGACUUUGCUGUGCUCUUUCCCAGCUGCUCCGUUGCGAGAAAGGUGGAAUCCUCCGCGGCCUCAGUCAGCUCUUUCGGCUUCGGGGGCACAAACGGGUGUGUGGUGCUGAGACUAGCGGAGAAGGCACGGGGAUGUCGACCGUUGGGCAUCGACUUGGGCCGUGAGCGCUUUGAGUGGCGGGAGCCCAGCCACCCGCUGAUCUGCAAGAAGGCAAAGCGAGAGGAUGGGGUGCACGUCCUGAGCUGUCCCAUUGAUGGCCACGUACUGGAACUCCUGUCACACCACAUCGUGCAUGGUGAGGUGGUGGUGCCCGGUGCAUGCUACUUGGAGAUGAUCCUUGCCGGCGUGAGGGCGCACCUCGGACAGCAGGAAGCCUGGUGCAUCGAGAGCCUGGGCUUUGCCAAGCCUCUGGUUCUCCGUCUCUCGCAGUCGGGGAAGCUGGAGGAGCCAGUGGAGCUGCGGCUCCUCAUUUGGGAGGACGGGCGCCUGGAGGUGGAGAGCGCGGUCGGGGAGGACCCCGAGGACCACAUCGUGUCCACCCACGUUGAGGCGAGCCUCAUCCGGCAAGCAGGCGGAUGGCAGCGUGCGGAGGAGGACAAGCACGACCUGGCACAGCUCAGGCGGAGCUGCCCGGAGGAGGUGGACGUGGACCUCAUGUACUCUUUUGGCGUGAAGAGUGGCCUCCCGCUCCAGCGGCGCUUCCGGUGCGUCCGACAGGUGCAAGUCCAGAAGAGCGAGCGGAAAGGCUUCGCGCGGCUGGAGAUGGAAAGGGACGGUACGGAGCUUGGCUUCCUGCUUGGGCCGUCGCUCAUUGAUAGCUCCUUCCAAGCUCUGAUGGCUCUGGCGGACCCUGCUGUGGGCAUCGGCUCCCUGAAGAUCCCACUGUCCAUCAAGAGGCUUCAGCCCAUGGGUCGGGGAUACUCCAUUGGAGUCUGGUCGCACUUCGAGCUUUUGGACUGGACGGAGCGCUCCACGGCCUUCAGGUGCUGGCUUCUGAAUGAUGCGGGGGAGACGCUCUUGUUCUUCGACUCCGUGCAUUUGCAGGAAGUCCGCGAUGAGCACCUUCAGAAGGUUCUGCAAGCCUCUGGGCGCCUCGGCGCAGAGCAGCAAGCCUUGUACAGCACGCUCUGGCGGCCGCUGCCCGAGCUCGCGGAGGCAUCGGAGGCAUCGGCCUCCCGAUCAAAAUGGCUUGUCCUUGGGCGACAGGAAGAUCUCAGGAAGUCGGCCAUGGAAGAGUUCCGCUGCAUCGCAGCGGAGGAGACUGGCAACUUCCAAGAUGAGGCGGCUUUGAAGGAGCUCUUCCGCAGCUUCGAAGCACAGGCGCUCAUCUUCGUGGGGGGCCUCGGCGAUGACUCGCAUCGAACAUCCGUGAAAUGCCACGGCACGGACGAUGUGGACGUGCUCGUCUUGGCGCUCCAUGUGCUCCGUGCCGCGCUGUUGGCUGGUCUGCCCCUGGUGUUUCUGACGAAAGAGACACAGCAGGUUUUGCGCCCCGAGGACCAGCCGGAGCCGAUUCAUGCAGGGCUCUGGGGCUUUGCACGCACUGCGCGGCUGGAGGAACCGGAGAGACUGCGCCUGGCUUGCGUGGAUCUGGACUCUUCCAAGCCUCUGGAAGCCGUAGAAGCCGCGCUCACACAGCUGUCCCAAUCAGACUCGCGUGAGGAGGAGCUGUCCUGGCACAACGGAGAGGUGCUUGGCCGGCGCUUGACGCGAAGUGAGCUAAAAGCCCAGACGCCCAUGCGCCUGAACAUGCCAGCGCGGGGAGCCUUGACUGGUCUGCGCGGUGUGCCGCAAAUGCGGCAGCCUCUGGUUCUGGGCUCCGUGCAGCUCCGUAUCCGAGCCGUAGGCCUCAACUUUCGGGACGUCCUCAAUGUCAUGGGAUUGUAUCCCGGCGAUCCCGGUCCGCCGGGAGCAGACAUGGCGGGCACCGUGCUGGACCUUGCAGAGCACACGGGAGAUCAUCUUAGGCUGGCGGAGGACGUCUUCGGCGAGGCACCGGGAUGCCUCAGCAGCUACUGCCUGGCGCCAGCGCCGCUCAUAGCGCCGAAACCUUCCAGCUGGUCCUUUGAAGAGGCCUGCACCAUGCCGGUCAUCUUCGUGACUGUGGAGGAAGCUUUGGGAGAUUUGGCACAGCUGAAGCGCGGUGAGAGGGUCUUGAUCCAUGCUGCAGCAGGGGGUGUGGGCCUGGUGGCGAUUCAGUACGCGCAGCACGUUGGGGCAGAGGUCUACGCGACGGCUGGUGCCGAGGAGAAGCACAUGUACCUUCGCAGCCUCGGGGUGAAGCACAUCACAAGCAGCCGCAACGGAGCGCGCUUCGAGGAAGAGAUGCGAUCCUUCCUAGAGAAGGACGGGCUGGAAGGAGUCGACGUGGUGCUCAACAGCCUCAGCCACGAUGACUACAUCCCACGGUCUUUGGCGUUUCUGCGCAGCGGCGGCCGCUUUCUCGAGAUCGGCAAGAGAGGCAUCUGGUCCCACCAGCAGAUGCGGGAGAGCCGCCCGGACGUGAUGUACGAAAAGAUUGCCGCGGACACGAUGAUGGAACGAGAGCCCUGGAGGUACAAUGCCUACCUGAAGCGCCUGAAAGACCGCGUAGAUUCUGGGGCGCUGAAGCCCAUCCACAUGCACAUCUUCGAGGGUCUGGAGGAAGGUGUGCGUGCACUCCAGUUUCUCCAGCGAGCACAGAACAUCGGAAAAGUGGUCAUCUCCCAGCCGAGUAAGCUUAGCAAGCUCCCAGCCGGAACCCAUGUCCUCUCGGGCGGUACGGGUGCCUUGGGAGUGGUGACAGCCCAGUUCCUUGCGGAGGAGGGGGCCAAGUCUCUUUGUCUCCUUUCACGGGCUGGGCGUCCGCCAGAUGAGGUGCAGGCUCGGUGGAACUGGCUGCAGGCGAGCACGCUUCAGCUCCAAGUUCUUCGCUGCGACGUCUCCGAGGAGGCUUCCGUGCGCUCAGCCGAAGUCUGCCAAGGUCGUCGUGUCGUUUCCCUCUUUCACUUGGCUGGAGCGCUGGCCGAUGCCAUGCUGCCUGCACUCGACCGCGAACUCUUCCAGAAGUCCUACGGUGCCAAAGUCCACGGUCUGCGCCACCUUCUGCGCUUUUUCCCUGGGGACGUUCCUCUGACCGUGCUCUUCUCUUCGACGAGUUCGCUCUUUGGCGCUCCAGGUCAAGGCAACUAUGCCGCGGCCAACAGCACGCUCGAUGCCUUUGCCGCCUUUGCAGACCGAGACGGCCAAGGCGCCGUGUCUGUGCAGUGGGGGCCUUGGGCCGAAGUGGGCAUGGCAGUGCAAAAGGGCACCGUGCAGAGGGCCAAGGCUAGUGGAAUUGGCUCGCUCAGCAACCCCCAAGGUAUGGCCAUUCUGGCUAGUGUCCUUUGCCAAAUUGGCGAGCCGCGUCACUGCCUGGUGGGCGCAGCUCAUGUCCGUUGGCCCAAGUUCCUGCGCAGCGUCUUCGCCGGAGGAGCGCCGCCAGCUUCCUUGCUGGACCUGGCCGCAGAGGCCGCCAAGAGCACCGAAAGCGCCGAUGCAGGAUCGGGCAUCUCCGCCGAGCUGGCGGCCCUUGGACCGGAGGAGAGGUUGCAGCGCUUGGAGGCUCUGGUGCAGCGCUUGGCCAGCGAUGUGGUGGGCGAAGAGAUGUCAGGAGACGUGGAGCUCCUGGAGUCCGGUAUGGACUCUUUGUCUGGCGUGGAGUUCCGAAAUAGGCUUCAGCAAGAGCUCGGUGGCAUCCGACUGCCAAACUCUGCCGUCUUCGACUUCCCCACGGCGAACAUGCUUGCAGGCUUCAUCGCUGGCCAGUUUUCGACGGGCCCGAUGUCCGACCAGGCAGCACCAGCCGCACCAGUCACUGGCGACUCAAAGAUCUUGCAGCUCUUGAACAACAGGACGGCGGGCCCGGGCCACCCUCCGCUUUUCCUGGUGCCUGGCGCUGGCCUGCAGGCCGCGGGCUUCCAAGCCUUGGCCAGCUUGCUGCCUGUGCCAACCUGGAGCGUCUCCUGGCCCCAGAGCCUGCCCAGGGAGAGGAGACGGCCAUGGCUGUUCUGCUGUGUCAGUCUUGCCCUCUGCGGCCUCCUUGGCAAGGCCCAAGGCUUCGUUGCCCAAGCGCUUGGCCCGAACCCGGGCUUUGCUAAGCUGGGCAGAAGAGAGACGGCCCUUAGAAUCUCGGCGGAAUCCGCAGAGGCGGCAGAGUCUGGUGCUGCUGGGGUCGCCUUGGCUGCGCCGGAGCGGUCCAGGUCGGUGCAGGUCUGGUCCGUGCUUGGCGUGGCUACCUACCUAUCCUACGGCAUCAAGAAGGUGGUGCCCAUCGUCCACCAGGGCCUCGCCAGCAUCACCACCCCCUGGCAGUGGCUCAUGCUCGUGGCCACGCUGGGUUUCUUUGCCUACGUGGAGGGCUACAGGGGCUUCCAGAAGGGUUUCUGCCCGCGGGUCGUCAGCCGCGCCUGGGCCGUAUCGGAGAAGUUCCCAGAGGUCUCAGCAAGGGACUUGCUGAAGCGGUACGGCGCAGCCUACCUGGUCUCCUCAGUGUCUUUGUCCAUAAUCUCUUACACACUCUUCUACGAGCUUGUGAAGCGGGGCCUUGAUGUUACUGGUGCUCUGGCGGCCAUCGGCAUCACCGUGGCAAACAGCAAGUACUACGGAGCAGCAGCCCUGGCUUAUGCGCUGCACAAAGCGGCAUCUCCCAUCCGUUUUCCACCGACACUCCUCUUGACGCAAUUUGCGGCUCGGAUGAUGGGGAAGGAUGUAUCUACAACGCAGAGAGCCACAGCCACUGUCUUUCACAAGCUCUUUGCCCCGGCAUUCUGCAUCGGCUAUUUCCACGGAACUCGAAAGCGGGUUAUCUCCAGCUGGUGUGUGACCACCGUCAUCUUCUUUGUCGUUUUCUUCGUGCGUAAGCUGGCCAACCCGUACCGUGCCAUCCUCGACGCCGGCGUCAUCGUGGGACUCCUCUGGGGGACGGUGUCCGUCCUCCUCUUGUUUGCCCGGUGGCCUUCGUCUCUGGAAGCCUUGGCAGAAUUGCUUCUGGCCGAGGUCCGGGCGGUGGUGGACGUGUCAGAGCCGUUGCUGCUGGCUGGACAUUCCUUCGGUGCCACAGUUUGCGUGGAGAUGGCCAGGCAGGCGGAGGCCUCGGCCCAAGCAGUUUCACUUGUGAUGCUGUUGGACCCGCGGACGCUGCUCCCCGUGGCAGCCGAUGCAGGUGGCCUUUUCGAAGAGUGUGGCAUGCUGGAAACCGUCGCGAUGCUUUCUCAAAGCGUUGCAGACGGUGCACGCUACGCAUCGGUAGUCGAGGAAUCCGCAAAUGCCGAAGAUCGCGAGGAAGCAGUGCGCCGGCUGCUAGGCCCACAAGUGGCACCGGUCUUGGAGCAUAUCCACGAGACGUUCCGCUGGUAUGCGGGGCUGCUCGCGAGUCGACCCGACGUGUCGGAGACGGUCCUGCGGGCCAGGAUGCUAUGGGUCAGGGCAGAAGCUCAAUCCACCGAGGCGGCCGACUCCACCUCGAAGGAGAUCGUCCAGCGCGUCCAGGCAGAGAUUUUCCAGGGAGAUGAAGCGGUGGCCACGCACCUGAAGUCAAUGGGUGCUGGUGGAGAAGCGGCCGCGAAGGCCCCGGUUCUGGCUCACGGAGAUCAUUUCGCCAUGCUCCACGAGCCUCACGUGGCCGCACUGGCGAUGCAGCUCUGCCAUGCGAUAGUGGAGGCCUUUGCAGGGCCGGGCAGGACCUGA